AUUCAGAGACAGAAAGCAGCCGGUGUUUAAACUCAACAGUUCCUCAGUGGGAACAAGCAGCGCCUCCUUCUCCUCCUCUUCACCCAUCAUCAUUCAGCCAUCCAUCCUCCUCUUUCUUUCUCCAGCUCCUCUUCCUCCGGUGCUCCUCUCCAUGCCGGCGGAGGUCUCCUCGGGGCUGCCAUGGCGAAGAUCCGGGUAUCGUACGAGUACUCCGAGGCCGAGGACAAGAGCAUUCGGCUGGGCUUGUUCCUGAUCGCGUGUGGGAUCCUCAGCCUCUUCAUCCUCGGCUUCUGCUGGCUCAGCCCGACCCUACAGAGUCUGCAGAGCAAGCCGGCGAACUGCACGGUGAGCCCGGCCACCAGCUCCGAGCAGCGCCGCUGGCUGCCGGAGCCCCGUAGCUGGUGUCUGUACUUCGUUUAACCGGCUGUAGUUUAACAAAGUGUGGUAGUUUACUGGAUUUAAAGUAUGAGUAGUCGAUUCUGGCACAAGUAGUUGUAUUUUUUUGAGUUUUUGUUUGUUAAAACUGGAGAAAUAUUCGAGUUUUAUUGAUAUUUUAUCGAGUUUGACGUUUAAGGAAUUAAACUUUCAUUUGGAACGGAUUUUUGUUUAUGAUGUCAUCAGGAGUAUUUUUAGAACUAUUUUUCAAUCAACUGUGUAGGAAUUUGUUCAUUUUUGUCAAUAAUAAUACCUAAAGUAGAUUACAUUUUUUGCGUGUUUUUACGACGAAGGGCGACCGUUACUUAUGCUAACACCAGGAAGUAGGCUCAUAGUUGGAAGUACACAGGUUUACUUAGUAUAGGCUUAUUUUAAUAGGCUAUUAAAAGUUGUUAAGAGUCAUUAAAAGUGCAUUUUUUUUCAUAUAAUGAGAAUGUAAAAAUAGUUUCCUGUUUGUUAUAAGUGGCAGCAAAUUCGUGGAAAGUUGACACUGCUGUCAACAGAAACUUUUAGUAUAUUUUACUGUAACUUUUUGAAAAAGUUUAGAUGAAUACUUGCAUUGGUUUUAAUAUUAUAGACAUUAUUUUGCUCUCUUGACCCUUCUAAUUUAUCUGAAAGAUUUGAACAACCAGGUUUAGCAUCAAAAGUUAAAUAAUAAGCAAUAUAAUAGUGUAACAAUAGUGUAUUUGUUGUUAAAAUAUUAUAAUUAUGUAUGACAAUUGUAAAUUGUCCAUCCAAAAGUUAUUUCUUAAAAAAGGUCUUGAAAAUGUUAUACAAGCACAGUUCCAAAAAAUAUAAUUAUGUUUGCUCUUAUAUAUCUUACAAAAAUUCAACACAAAGAGGAGCUUAUGUUGUGAAAUAUGGAUAUGACAUGAUAGGGCUGGGACGAUAUGCUUUUCUCUCGAUUCGAUUCUUCUAUGAUUUUUGGGAUGCUGAUUUGAUUUAAAUUGCGAUUCUACGAUAUUGUCGGUUUUCUCAAUUUUUAGUCUGCAUUUCUAACACCAGUGAAACAGUUGAAUGAUUAUGAUUGUCUACUGACUAAUCCAGGAGCAAUAUUUCCCCAAAAAAUACACAUCACAUGCAAGCCAGUUUUUAAGAUUUAUUCUUAAAUUUGAAGAAAAAAAAAAAAGAUUUUUGAACAAUUUUUUUUUUUCAAAAAUUAUAAAACAAAAAACUGCGAUACUUAUGUGAAUCGAUUUUUUUUCCCACCCCUAUUGCAUGAUUUCAGGUACUCUAGAAUUAAAGCACAAAAUAUACAAACACAACAAAGCAUCAAAAUAUAGUUUAACAUAAGAUAAGAAUUUGAGCAAAAUUCACAAAACUCGUGCUCAAAAGUAACAUUUGCAGUAUAAUGAGCUAAGUAUAUACUAACUGCCCCUAGUUAUAAGUUUAAGAGAGAUUAUUAGAGUUAUACUUCACAUAAACGACAUGAAGGACGUGAUUAAAAAUGUGAUAAUCUGUGUGUAUCUCCCGCUGCCUCCCAUGCAUAAUGAGGUGAUAAGUGAUACAAUCGCUGACACAGAUCGGUGUAUGUGUGACAGACACUGACGGUGAUCAGGGUUUAUGAUCUGACAGGAUUGCUCACACUCAGUUGUCAAUCAUCGGUCAAACUGUCAGAGAAACCGAAAAUCUCAGCUGGUUUUAUCUCAGGAGGUGUCAUCACUUUAUUUUUCUGCUGAUUUACGAAACUGUCUGACUCACAGGAGGAAAGUUCACUCUGAUCAAGGCUGGAAAAAACUGAGAAUUAUCAGAUGGACUGUCAGGAGUAGUAACAGACGAUUAGGUGUCAGCAGGCUUUGGUAUCUGCAGGAUGUAACAGUCUGCGUGGAGAGCAAAAGCAGGCAGAUCACAAGCCACUAUAAUGACACCGCUGCUCUAAAACUGAGACCCACCAAACAAGUCAAUGAGUACCCCUCUAAAAUAUGAAAUGUUAAAAGGUUUUCCCUUCAGGGUUGUGUCCUAUUUUAGAUCAUUUCAUGUCAUUUAAUCUCAUGUAGAACGUCUUUAUAUACAAAUGUAGCUCAACAAGCGUCUGAGAUGUUGCACACGUCUAUGAUUUUAUUUACAGAUUCAUUACGUCUGAUGUUUUGGUUUUCCAUUUAGAUAAAACACAACCAAUCCAAUCAGUUUCCCUCUGAACUAGAGCCAGAAAUACAGCAGGAGAAAAGUGACAAGGUCAUCGCUAACUUAUGGCUUGAUUUAAAACUCUUUUAAUUGGCACAUUUCCCAAAGUAAAUAAAUUUUCUUGAUCUGUUACCAUUGCUUUUUCCUCCUGUGCACUGGCAGAUGGAUGCUGUGGGUCAUAUUGUACUAUUAAAAGCCUAACAGUAUUGGUUCGCAGUGAAGUAGCUCUUAUUUGUCGCCUCACGUAGCAUUAUAGAAUCCUAAAUUCUCCCUUUGACAGAAAGUUAAAAGCUUCAGGCCAUUUUUUAUUACCAGAAUCAUUUAUAUGAAUCUUCCUGGUUGUCAAUACAAAGCAGGUUUGUCCACCUGGAGGACAUUUGCUUCCUCCAUCUGCAUUACUUUCCCUUGUGGGUUAUUAAAAGUGUUUGCACAGCCUUUUGGAUCUAUCGGGACUUCCAUGGCAUGAGGCGCCUGUAGAGUCUGCAGCUCUCCUGCCUCGCUCCUUACCGCUGAUGAUGAAUUCCCACCAGCGUGAUUUAUUCGGCUGUUAGCUUAUUGCAUCGUCCUGGAAUAAUGUCGGCGCAUUACAGAGAGUGGACGCCUUUUGUUUUUUUUAGCUUUAAAUCAUCCAUACUCAUGUGGCGGUUUGAGAGUCUACUCCGUCAUUCACUAAUCCACAGCUUAAUAUAACAUAAAUCACAAUAUUAGGACUUUAUUGCUGCGGUCUGACCUCCUGAGUGAUGAAGAAAUGUCCCAGUCUUAUCAAAUCUGCAUCGAUUGAUGGUUUGUUAGUGUGUAUUGAUAUUUAUGUUCAUGCCUGUAGCAUAGUUCAGUCCUUUAGUGAGCAGCGAGAGGAUAUGAAUCCAUAACUCUUUGUCUACAUUUGAAAAAGAUAAGCUGAAUUGAGUCAGACAGCAGCUACAUAUAUGAACAAAUGAGAAGCUCAUGCUUGCCUGUGGGUAAGCAAACAUGCAUUAAUAUUCUAAACUUACCAACUCAAUGAAACAGUGGUCGCAAUUAUGUUUCUGAUGUAGCGGAUCAGUCGGGAUACUGCUCCAUUAGCUGGAAAUAUUAGGAAAUGAUAUAUUGACAGUAAAGAAUGGAAACUUUAUGUCAAAAUUAAUCAUUUAGAACACUACAAACUCACAAAAAACUAAACAGUACAGAUUAUAUACAGUAAAUCAAAUAAACUGUUGGUAAAUAUUUGUAUUAACUAUAUUGAAAAUAGUUCAUUUUUUCUUCUGUUUUUAAUUGAGCUUUAAUGUGACUGAAACGUCGUCUUCUGCCCCUGUAGGUGGUGUCGGUGUUGCGUCCAGAGGAGAUGUUCGAGUGUGUGUUUACGUGCGGUACGGACUGUAAGGGGACGUCUCUUUAUCCCUGCCUGCAGAUCUUCGUCAACAACUCAGAGUCGAACUCUGUCGCUCUGCUGCACUUUGACGAACAGCAGCUGGUCCUCAACCCAAAGGUAAGACGACUCUGUUUAUUAUGUUGACAACGUGACAUACAAGUCCUAUCGGCUGAAUGAGGCUCUACAGCGACACUAGUGGCAGCUUCUGGAACAACAACAAUACGACCAGAUUCAGCUUUUUUAGUUUGAACUGUCACUUCCUCUGCUUUCCAGAAAAGGCAUACAAUGUCAAUUCUUCUCGAGGCUAAACCUGUUCUGACCGAAAACCAGUCUAUGAUUCCCAUCCUUAGUUAGGUGUCGACCCUUAGUCUCAGCCUGCAGGACUAACAGGAUAGAUGAAUCCGUAACAUAAAAGUGAAACACUGGGAAAAAGAUGUGUGUAUUCUCAUCCUAGAAACGAUUCCCACUUAGUAUUUCACAUUAAAGUAAUGCUCAUUUGAUUUAUGGCUUAAGACAUGCCUCAUGCAAAGAGGGAUUAAGAUGUCGUAUGCUGAAUUUAUAUGAUAAUUAGUGGAAGAAGUUGACCAGUCAUAGGGAAAUAGGCUUGUUCAAUUCAUUGGAAAAUCGAAACGUUAGAUAAGGCAACAGUUGAUGGUGGCUUAUCAGAGUAGAGUUAAUGGAUUUCCUGAAUAGAAAUGGAAAGAAAUGACCGAAAGCAAUCACACGCAUGUAUAUAGAUAAACUGAUAAAAUCCAGGGCAGUGAGAGAGGUAAUGUAAACUCUGCUGAGCAGGUUACACCGCUUUAUCAUGACUUUUUCUGAGCGUUCGGGUUAAAUUUAUGCAUAAAAUCAAAAAUUAAAUGUGUUAAAUGUGUGAAUAAGCAGAAAUAAACUGUGGGUGCUGCAUCAGUCUUGUGAAUUAAAUGUUAUUUUUAUUGAAUAAGCGUCAGCAGUGCUUCACCCGGAUGGGUUUUUGUCUCUCAGCUGCAGGAGCAGAAAUAGAUCGAACGAGACAAAACAAGAGUGUCAGUGUGAAUGAAGGACUUAAAGCACCAUUAACAAACAGCUGACAGUAAACACACCACAGCUGACGCAAUGACUGUGUGUAUGUGUGUGUGUGUGUCAGCUGCUGCUCAACCACAACUAUGAAUACAGUCCUGUUUGUCUUGAUCUGUUUGUCCUGGUUUGGAUUUCGCGUCUCGGUUUCAGUGUAGGACGUUUUUCGUGUCAUAAUUUGUUUGCCUCUUAAGUCAACGUGACACAAAGAUGGCCCUGUGAAGACAGUCAGCGCUGAUGUUGAUGUUCAUUGAAUCAUCUUGAAGGUUCAGGUUAUCUGCAGUUUCAAAAUGCCUGUACUUCAUAGUGCUGCUUGUAUCUUCUGUUUGUUCUCAUGAUAGGAACAUUUCAUCUUUCUUUGUCCGUCAAGGUUUUGUUUACUCUGCUUCCUAGCAACGCAUUCAUGCUAUUCAUUACUGGAGCAUGCUCAGAACACUCAGGCCAGUUUCAGUCUGAUUGUCAUCAGCUGUAACACAACACAGAAUAAAAUGAUCGAUUUUCAGGGCUAGUGGUACUCAAAGUCUGCUAUCUCCUCAUCAGGUGACUCUUUUAGUGAGCCAUUAGCACAGUCAAAGCUAGCUGAGAAAUCCUGCCCACUCAAAGGCUCCUUUAAUGGAGACAACAAGUUUAACUUAGACUGAAAUGGAUACUGCAGCUGGAUUUAUGCACCAUCAAUUAUAUGUUAAAAUAAACAUGGAGUAUGAACCAUUUUAUCUAUAUUAUUUUUGGGGUUUUUGUUUUGUUACUCGCACAAUCACCAGAAGGGGCACUUCGAGUGAAUGGGCAGGUAAAUGCUACAAAAGGGACACAGGUGAAGCAGUGAUCUGGGGAACAGGAAGAGCCCACGGUUAAUCUCCGACACCACUCUCACCCUCAUCACGAACAUCACCAUUGUUGUAAGUUGGAUGUAUCUGUCUUUUUUUUUUUUCAUUUAAUCAAUAAAUAACGAAAAUAUAACUCAACAACAACCUUGGAUUGGACAUUGGAUAUUACUAGAAGCUAGGGCCCGACUGAUAUGGAUUUUUUGGGGUCGAUGCUGAUACAGAUUACUCAUUUCCGGUCUGGUCUCAUCAAUUGCCUCAGUAAGAGAAGUAGCUCGAUCACGUAAUGUGUACUGUUGUUUAUUCUACUGUUACUUCUCCACGGCUAACAGUGUAGCAAGGCUAAUAGCAGAUGGCUAACUCUAACUUUAGCUUGCAUACUACACAGUGCCUCACCGUUAACUCGGCGUGACAGAGACCAGCACAGCGGGGAACAUGGUGAAGUGGGUUGAACUGAAACUUGUUGACUUAUUGUGUAUUUCACAAACUGGUUUAUUCACUGUUGAGGCGGACCACUCUCCUCCGUGCGUCCCUGAGCUGCCUGCUUCAGAUCCGUCACUCUGCUGUGCUGUGAGGUAGUUAGUGGAUGAAGAUCGUCAUGAGGUCGCUGUGCCAUCUACAGGAUAAGCCGGGGAACUUUUCAAAUGGCGGAACAUCUUCAAAGUGAAACCAAAUCUUAUUCUCCGCAUUUUAUUUCUGAAAAUAUCGGCGAAAAUCCGCAUGUUUUGGCCAAACGGGCUAAGAUUGGCUGAUUUAAUCAGCUCGCCGAUAAAUCGGUCAGGCCCUACUAGAAAGAAGCGUGUCAAAAACACCUCAUUCCCUGUACCCAGACAGUGACUAAAAUUCAGGUCAGCAUAGUCACUACACAUGGCGUCUCCUCUAGUUGCACAAAAGCGAUGCAAAAACUUUAGGCUGACAUGUUGAGUGUAUUUUAAUUGUGUCCCAUCUGUUAACAUAGCUGUCACUGCAACCAGCCAGCAGGGGGAGUGCUAAAUGUUUUGGCUUCUGUUUUGGUCGGGUGGCACAGUGUCCAUUGUUGAACUUUUUGGAUCAAACUUAUGGAUCUGUUCUUCAAACUGUCCCAGUCCUUAGCUCCUUGAAUUGAACAAAGCAGGGCUGUACACAGUAAAUUCCUGCAUCCAGGGUGCAAAGCCUGAUGCAGAGCUUGACAUCUGGAGACUGAAAUCUGUCGCAGCUGCACACUACAGGUCGUGGUUCUUCAGUUCCUGUAUCACGUGUAGGUGUCCCCUCACUUUUGGCCGUGUAACAUUAGAGUCGAUGUCAAUCCGUGUGUCCGUUUGUGGGAUGUCUUCAUCGUCUAAUCUCCCUGGUCUUUGGUGCACGUCUGGGUCGUCGCCACAGCAACCGAGUAAAUAUAGAGGGGAGAGACGGCGCGUCAUCCAUGCCCCUCAGUUACCAUGGCAACUGCAGUGGAGAUGAUGUGUAGAGACAGGGAGAGAGAGAGAGGAGUCACGCUUCAUUCAGAAAUCCUUCAACGUCCAAACAGAGGGAGAGAGAGAGAGAGGGAGAGAGAGGUUUAAAUAUGAGGAUGAUACACCAUGUCUCCUGUCAACUCUGUGACCUUUUAAAUACAACUAAUUAGAGUCACGCAUCGCACAUUUAAAGCUCCGCCCACUCCACAGCCGUUAUUUUUGAGAAUGAAAACAUCAUUAGCAUGCUGCUCAAAGGUCAGACCUGCACUUCUUCUGGUCCGGAGUGUCAUCUUAUUGCUUGGUUUCGUCGCUCCCAAACGCAGAGAUGGAAGUGAAAGUAAAAUGAAAAAAAUCUCCUCUUCGUUUUCCCUGGAAAUAGAUAAAACUUGAUCUAGUUUCCUGUCCAGAGGUCCACUGGUGCAAUAAAAUGUGAUACAGUACUCUCUGGAUGAGUCAUGUAAUAAAAAAACAUUUUACUCUUGAGGGUUGUGGUUGCAGGAAAAAAGUUAAAAUAAAUUAAAAAAUAAAGAAUAAAAGCUUGGAAACAGAAUCAUGAAGAGACGCUGGGGUUUAAUUUUUCACCCAGGACGUUUGGAUGAAACAUCCUGAAAGGUCAUCAUGAAGUCUUCGGAUAAAGUCCCAGAAAAAAACUUCCCUCUAUCUCAUCUGUUCUAGAUAAAACAUUUACACUGAGACACUAAUCUGCUUGAUGCUGAGUCACUGGGGACAAUCAGCGUUUAGAUUUCCUGACUUCCUUGAAUGCAUCAAUAAUUGUUGAUAAUGAUGUGCUUAUUUAAGCAAACAGCAGAUGUGUUAAUUAUGAGAAAAUCAGCUCCUUUUCAGUCUCACAUAUUGAAGUAAGGCAGAAUGAAGCCUCUGUAUAACUUUCUAUUUACAGUGAAACUGAGACUCACCAUAAAUAGAUGAAUAGAUGCUUCUCCGAGGAAUGUAACCAGCAAAGAAAUUAUGUUUUUUGUUUUUUACAGGAAUGGACCAAAAUAAGUCUUAGCUGAAAGUACUUUACUGAAUCAGUCAUUUCUUUUUGAAACUAAGACUCGGCAGAAUCUAUAAAUGGGCGAUUCUCUGCAGAGUGAAUUUUACUACAAUACUUUAUUUUCUGCUCAGUGAUUAAUUUCACUCUCAGAGAGAUUUAGGAUUACUACCUUUACUUCGCUUUAUAUGAAAAAUCAGAGUAUGUCCAAAACUCCUGUUAAAUCCAUCAUAUAUUAAAAGUGAUCAUUACGGAUACUGAGAGAUUAGCUGACGUCGUAAAAGUAAUGAAAAUAUGUCUCCUCUUAAAACCUCUCUGACCUUUGGCUAUAACAUAGUACAAGAUACACACUGCACACACACACACACACACAGUCAGAGCUAAUUGCAGUUGUGUCUGAAGUAUCUGUGCUCUCUCUCUAACAGCUGGCUGCAGACAGAGGAAGUUAAUUGGCGUUGUGUCUAUAGGGGGCGAUUAGUUAACGGAGCGCCUGUGGACCCGAUGACUGACAUGACAUUCACACACACACUCUAACACACUCUCCAACACACAUCCCAUAGUGUCAUGUGUUUAUGGUCUUUAUUUGAAUUCGACUUUUUGUUUUCUGGUUUUGUUUACAAUAUUUGCGAUAUUACAUUCCAAAACUUUAACAGCAGAGAGGAAAACCACAGCAAGAGAUUAUCAAAACUUUGAAAAGAGACGACAGAAACAUCCCUACGGUGUCUACCGUACACAUCUGUAAAUGUUAGCAUGUCAUCUGUAAAUGAUGUACUUGCUGUUCUUAUAAAAGUCAUUUGAUAAAACAUAAAAUAUGAAGACAUAAAAUGUCAAAUACAAAUACAGCAAAGAUUUAAGUACAUUAUACAUGGGGAUGUACAUUAAAAUAUACAAUUUUAAUACAAAUUCACUUUUGAAACAAUGGAAUAUUUUUGGACAUGAUAAAUCAAGAAAUGAUUCACUAGAGGCAUAUAAAAGUAUGCAUUUAAUAACAAAUGUAUAUAAUAUUAAAAAUCAAAGUUUAACUUCUGUUCAAAAAACAAAAACACAAAGUUAAAAUCACCUCACAUUCAUUAAAAACAAACAAAUCAAGACAAAAACACGAGUUAAAUAUAUCACAUUAUUAUGUAUCUGACAGAAUCUGAAGCUAGGUUAGUUUUUGUUAUCAAGAGCGCAGUUGUUUGACUAUCGUAAACUACAAGUUAGAUUAUUAUAACCCAGCAGUUACAUGCUCAAAGGGGGUAUGUCGCCACCUACUGUAGUGGAGGUGAUUCUGCAAGUUAUUAGAUUCUUGCCUGGUGCCUGUAAACGAGGACAAGGACAGUAGUCCCAAAAAAUCACUCAAUCAGGCCAUAACCAUGAUUUGUUUAAUUGGUUUUUGGGGAGACGUCAUGAAGCUCAAUGAUGAUGGUCGCCAUAUUGGAAAUGCGGACUCACUUUUGAUGGACAAGGGAGAGAGGCGGGGUCAAGGCAAGCCAUUAGACUCCUCGCUGACAACUACAAAAUGGCAUUAUUUUGAAUGAGUGUGUAUGUGGUUUUCAUGGUGUUUGGAGCCAGCCUAAAGUGGACACUCGAGGAACUGCAGCUUUUAGCACUUUGACAUCAGCUUCAUUUUUAACAAUUGGAUGUUUUAUUAGGGCUCUUGUAAUUUUCAAGAUAUGAGAGUGUUCAAUGAACAAUGUCAAGUCCUGUUUAAGAGAGGAUCGGAUCCACACAGAUGAGCAGCAUCAAAUCGUCACAUUGAUAAUAUGGUAUUGUGGAAGACACACAGAGUAACACACACACACAGAGUAUUAUACACCUCUGAGCUCUCUGGUUUAUUGAGGUCAGGAGUUCAUUUCAUUUUCACUGGGAAAAGAAGUGGAGCCGAGAGGAGAGAAAAUGGCUGGAAGAAUGGAAAAAUGGUGUGCAGUGAGUGUGUGUGUGUGUGUGUGUGUCCCUCACACUCUGCUGGUCUCUGAACAGAAACAAAUCAGCCGCUGUAUCUGAUAGACUCUCUGACUCCCUGCUGUAAUUAACAUUUGACAAACACAUGGAGCUCAGAGAGGGUGUGCAUUAGUCCCUGUGUUUAUGUUUGCAGAGUGUGAAUGCGGUAGAGUGCUCUUCGCAUUCACAGGGUGUGAAAGCAAAUAUGAGAGUGUCUGACUGAACAUGUUUUUCUAUUUGUCUUUUGUCUUGUUUGAAUCUUUGAAGGUCACGCCACACUCAACACUAACACAACACGACACAGAACUCGGCAGAGUUUCCUGUUCCUCAGCAACAAGUUAAGAUGUUGUAUAAAAUACAGAUUCUCACUUUUAUAGUUUGGUUCAUCAUCUCUACUGAUAGGUGUGACUAAGGUCUAGAAGGGUAAAGACUGGCCAAUAAGACUGCAGCAGGUUGAGCAAUAGUAAAUGUUGACUCUGUAACUGUACAUAGCCUGAUUGACUCUGUUGUGUUUUAUUUUUCCUUACUUUGUUACUUUACAUUUCACUUUUUAAUAACUUUUUUGUUAUUUUACUUCAUGUUUUCUUAUUUGACAAUUCAUUACUUUACAUUAGCUCACUUUUUUGUUUUAAUAUUUAAUGUUUCAUGACUUCAUCUUCUAUUACUUCAUGUUUCAUAACUGAGUGGUGACAUAACAUUAAUUUCAUCACUUCACGAUAUGCUACUUUGGUUCACUACUUCUUACUUAAUGUUAAGUAACAUUGUGUUUAGUUACUUUAUAUUUCUUUAAGUUAUGUCUUCAUUAUGUACAGUAUAUACACCAAAAAUACAAAAUUGUAAUUAUUUUGUUUGUUUAUUUUUUAUGAUACUUGACUAACCAGGGCUUGACACUGACUUUUUUCACAAAGAACUUUAGGGGCAUUAUGAAAAUUGAUCAAAUAAUGUUUGUCUUAUUGGUCGACAUAAGUACUACUAUUUAAAUUCAAUUUGAGGUCUUCUGGUCACAUGACAUGGAAGCUAUUGAAGAAAAUGUUUAAAAUUUGCCUUUAAAUUUAACACAACAUUUUUUUAGAGGCCAAAUUAGGAAAAUAAAGAGGUGUGUCUUAUUGUCCGACUUUAGUACUACUAUUUGAAACCAGUUUUAGGUCAAUUGGUCACGUGACAUAAAAGCUAUUGGAAAAAAAAAACAGCCUUUUUUGAGAACAUCAACCGGUAAUUUAUUGACGGCCCCCUAUUUAACACUGAUGUUGACAGCGAGGGUGCUGAGUAGAUUUCACCGCACUGCUGUUGCUAUUACCGGUUAUGGAGAAUGAGAAGACACAUCGGUAGAUCCGCAUUGAAUGUCCAUCGAAUAUCCAACCCAAAAACUAACUUCACUGUGGUAUUUACAUAAAAAAAUUUGGUGCCUCGGCUAAUUUUUAAUGUGUGCAUGCGUGCCCCGAAAUACACAUCUUUUUUUAAUCGCAAAUGUGUGAGUGAAACGGUCGAACUGUCGAUCCCUGCUAAUGUCUAAUCUUUCAUCUAUACAUUUACACUCACCGGCCACUUUAUUAGGUACACCUGUCCAACUGCUCGUUAACACUUAAUUUCUAAUCAGCCAAUCACAUGGCGGCAACUUAGUGCAUUUAGGCAUGUAGACAUGGUCAAGACAAUCUCCUGCAGUUCAAACCGAGCAUCAGUAUGGGGAAGAAAGGUGAUUUGAGUGACUUUGAAUGUGGCAUGGUUGUUGGUGCCAGAAGGGCUGGUCUGAGUAUUUCAGAAACUGCUGAUCUACUGGGAUUUUCACGCACAACCAUCUCUAGGGUUUACAGAGAAUGGUCCGAAAAAGAAAAAAUAUCCAGUGAGCGGCAGUUCUGUGGGCGGAAAUGCCUUGUUGAUGCCAGAGGUCAGAGGAGAAUGGCCAGACUGGUUCGAGCUGAUAGAAAGGCAACAGUGACUCAAAUAACCACCCGUUACAACCAAGGUAAGCAGAAGAGCAUCUCUGAACGCAAGGUACGUUGAACUUUGAGGCAGAUGGGCUACAGCAGCAGAAGACCACGCCGGGUGCCACUCCUUUCAGCUAAGAACAGGAAACUGAGGCUACAAUUUGCACAAGCUCAUCGAAAUUGGACAAUAGAAGAUUGGAAAAACGUUGCCUGGUCUGAUGAGUCUCGAUUUCUGCUGCGACUUUCGGAUGGUAGGGUCAGAAUUUGGCGUCAACAACAUGAAAGCAUGGAUCCAUCCUGCCUUGUGUCAACGGUUCAGGCUGGUGGUGGUGGUGUCAUGGUGUGGGGAAUAUUUUCUUGGCACUCUUUGGGCCCCUUGGUACCAAUUGAGCAUUGUUGCAACGCCACAGCCUACCUGAGUAUUGUUGCUGACCAUGUCCAUCCCUUUAUGACCACAAUGUACCCAACUUCUGAUGGCUACUUUCAGCAGGAUAAUGCGCCAUGUCAUAAAGCUGGAAUCAUCUCAGACUGGUUUCUUGAACAUGACAAUGAGUUCACUGUACUCAAAUGGCCUCCACAGUCACCAGAUCUCAAUCCAAUAGAGCAUCUUUGGGAUGUGGUGGAACGGGAGAUUCGCAUCAUGGAUGUGCAGCCGACAAAUCUGCGGCAACUGUGUGAUGCCAUCAUGUCAAUAUGGACCAAGCUCUCUGAGGAAUGCUUCCAGCACCUUGUUGAAUCUAUGCCACGAAGAAUUGAGGCAGUUCUGAAGGCAAAAGGGGGUCCAACCCGUUACUAGCAUGGUGUACCUAAUAAAGUGGCCGGUGAGUGUAUAUCUACACUAAGAGACUGUUGGUAAAUCCGACCCUUUGCAGAUAAUAGUGCCCUAUGUAUAUCAGAUGUGUGUGUAUAUAUACUGUAUAUAUAUAUAUAUAGUUAUAGUUAUUUAUAUAAUGUUUUCUGUGAGUUUCUGCUUACAACACUAAUGUAGCUCCUUCAGGCAGCCUCCAUUAGACCAGAAAUGAAUUGAAUGGUGAGUGUGUGCUUGUGUGUGUUUUACUAAACCACACACCGGUCAACCCUUGCUGUAUUUUCCCAGAGUGCUUUUCUGUCUGCACCUAAUGUUGGCGUCCUGAGGCAAGUAAAUGUGAGAGAGUGUGUGUGAUUUCAUGAGUGCUGAAGUCUUAACACUAAAGCUGCUUUGGCUUUAAAAGUAAUAUCUCCCAAUAGGCACAGAUACACACACACACACACACACACACACACACACACACACACACACACACACACACGCUGCUCUCCAGAUGUUAUGGUUAUGAUGUGGAUUACUUCCCGUGAUUUUACAGCUGUGAUGUUUGAUAGUCAGGUUUCAGAGGUUUGGUUUCUAAGUCUGUUAGAGCACACAGUGUCUACAUGUCGUUUCAUAACAAUAAGGCCUGUUUUAAUAUUAUCUCUGGUCUUCUUCCCUCUAUAUUUGGACAUUUUUUGCUGUUCGUCAUAUAUCACGUUGCACAGUCUGCUAGCAAAGCGAGAAGCAGCAUUGCAUGAUAGUUCGUCAUUUUUAGUGUUGCACCCCUUAUUCCCUUUAAGAUCAUGUAGCUGGUUGCACUAGCUCAGCAUAAGUUUGUCUUAAAGCUCCUUUGAGGAACCUUCUGUUUGUGUUGACUUUGGCGCCCCCUGUGGACAAAGCAGUAACUUGUGGUUGUUUCAGUUUUUUUCAAUUUGUCAGCAAAGGUCCCUUUUGCUUUUACGGGUGCAUCACUCUUCAUUUCAGUCUGUCAAAUCCAAUCAAAAAGUCCUCACUGGAGCUUUAAGUGAAAGUGCUAGGUCCGCUCUAAACCGUAUGCUGCAACUAGUUAGCCUUUAACUAAAGUUGCACCUUUGCUUGAUUUGAUUUUAAGGGUGAGAAGAGGGUGCUACAGCGUACAAAAAGAGCCCAUUUAGAGAUAUUGCUUAACCAGUGAGUGUUUGCAGAUGUUGUAGGACUAACCAAUCACCUGAACUCCAGGAAAAGCAGUAGAAUAACAUCACUUUAUCCUGGUGUGAUUGUUAAAUAGGAGUUUAAGGUUUUGGCUGCAGAAUCAAUAAGAACAAAUGAAAUAAGCAUGCAAGAGUGGGACUUUUAGUGAUCAUUUGUCCACAGGUCCUGAUUGAUUACCUGCAGAUUUUCCUAAUGAGUUCUGCAGAAGACAAAUUUAAGUUUUCCUGACUGAAACCAGAUUAAUUUAAGCUCUUCCUUCCAGCUCUUAAAUCAUGUGUUCUCAGCUGUGAAAUGACGCUCCAGCAUCUGAAAAGAGACAGUGUCAGAGGAAGGAAGGGAGGACAUGAAGGCAGGUGGGUGGUUUCACUCAGCCAAUUACUCGCUGAGUAAUUUCCUCAUUUAUGACUUAAUUAUAUUAUAAAUAUAAAUGAGUGGAGUGGCGGUAACCACAGGGCAGUGCUGCUCUGCGGUUGAGACUCCAGUUUCCUCCGACUUACACCAUUUUACUAUCCAAAAUGAAUCAAACAAAUUAUUUAAGAUGUCCUCACUGUGAUGUCUUAUUUUCUUUCUUUUAAUACUUUUGGGGAACAUUUGGAUCUCAUUUGAGCCGAAACACAACAACAAAUCAGCGGGAAAAGGUCAGCAGAAAGAGCGAUUAAUUUAUGGAAGCAAGAGGGGGAAACUCUUAAUGUAAUAAGUGAGGACUGACGACAGUAAUAAGCGUGUGUGUGUGUGUGUGUGCUGAUGAUUUAAACCAAUUACUUUUAAUGAGGCAGAGCUUCUGGAGCUCCAGGACAUCAGGGGGGCCGUCAGAGAGUCUCUGCCCAGCUAGGAGCUUCUCUGUCCCCCUUACGUCAGUCCCUCUCUCUCUCAAUUAAAACCUCUGACAUCUUCCAGUAACUAGAAUCAGUCUCACUCUCCAGAUCAGGACUUCAUAGCUUUUAUUACAUGUGAAAGAGUAACAGUUGGAUAAUAUGUGGAAAAAAAAGAAUUGGAUUAUUCUGUCCCUUGGCUUUUCAGACGCACACAUACACCUCCAUCCUCCCCUCUCCAUGCGGCUGCAGUACAUCAUGUUGAAGAUACAGUGAAGUUAGCUUCAACUGCAACUUCCCCACGCUCCCCAACGUGUAGGCUAGAUGUUAAUCUGAGCUUGUAACAGCAAAGUGAAAGAGAGAAAUGUUUCAGCAGAGGGGUAGAGCACAUGUUCAGCUCUUACCCGGGAAUGGCGGCAAUUUUCGCUGUACGCCAAUUCCUACCAGAUUUGUUCGUGAGGCAAAAUUCGUGGCGAUUACGGAAUCGCGAGAACUCACAAGAACCUGUGGAUUCAUGUGCAAUGGCCCGAUAACAAGUUGUCUUUAGCCACAUAGGCUAACUGUAUAAGCAGUAGAUUGUGUCCUUCCAGAGGAGGAAAUCUACAUCUAGACUUAUAAAAUCAGCGUCUCAUCAUCCAUGGUGUCAUCAGAAUGAAAUGACGUCUAUAAACCUUUCACUUGUUCGUCUCCGCACGUUUGCAUGGUGUGAAAUACGAUCCACCUAAAACAUGGAGGGUUUAUUUUGAAAAGAAGCUGGAUCUUUUAUUUUGUGUCUGUGCCCGACUUCCUUUCCAGCAUGGGUUAAUCUGUGCUGAAUUUAUCCGGCAUGCUCCAGUGUCCGGUGAUCAGCUGUGGAGUCUGACAAUCCGCAGCGGUACGGAAAGAACCCAGUGGAAAUUGACACAUUAAUUUGAAUAGUUACGAUCAGCUACGAUCAGCGGAUACAGCCUUUUCGUGGCCGUUCCAGAUGCGGUGGAAAUUGGAGGUUAGUAUGGCUUAGUAUGAACACAUCAUGACUUCUUCUUUAAAGCACCUUGACGUGUUAUUUUUGUACGAAUAAUGAUUCAUAAGGGAACCAGCCUUACCUUAGCAUGGUGUUGGUUUGGUAUCAUGUCAGCAUUUAGAUCUCUUGUCUCUCUAGGUGGUAAAAUUCUAUCAUUGACUUCAUUCUUUUCGCUCUCACUCUACUGCUUCCUGAACUUUCGCAACACAAAGUUCAUGUUUUCAUUUUUCUCCUCCACUGAUCCGUCAGGGCGAGAUGUGCUGAGUUGCUGUCAGCCUGUCAAGAUGUGAUUGAUGCUCUUACACUCACACUUAAUUGCUUCCUAUGUCUGUGUUUUGUUCAAGCAGCACGUCUUUGUCCUGUGGGACAGCAGCUCUUUGAGUUUACAGAGACAAAGUUCUGGCUUUAGAUUUACAGAAUCGAGUCAUUAAUGUCACCCAGUUCGUUGUGUAAAGAUAAUAAAAGGGGCUGGAUUGACACACAGCACCAUGUUAGGAAGAUUACUUUGUCAACUCACUUGGUGUUCCUCUAAACAGACAGUUCUUACAGCCAUACGAUAUGUGGCUUUAACAUUACUCAAAAAUGACUUGAAAAUAUUUCCAAAAUAUAUAAAACUGUCUGUUCUGUAAUCUCUGGGGGAAAAAAAGUCUAUGAAAAAGCGAAGAAAAUUGAACCUGCAGUGUGAACAGGCCCUUACACCUUUGAAUAUAGGGGUGUGUCCCACCCAUCAGGUGUGGUGAAGCUGUGUUUCAGCAGUAGCUUUAACAGUGCUCACCCUCCCUAUGAUGCACACUUAAAGGGAUAUUCUGAUGUAAAAUUAAUUUAGGGUCAAACACACCAUAACACCGAGUUAGACACCCCUCGAGAGAUGAAUGUUGCUGACUGCUUGCUUCUCAAGUUACACCAACUUCAGCAACGACGGCACUAUAGCAAUACACAGCGGUCUCCACACACACACCUCAACCAAAACGCCACUCUAUAGCUACAAAUAAUGCUCAGAACAGCACCUAACUUCAUCAACAGGACAUAUAGGGUCCCAGAGACAGUACUAGCCACCAAACAUCUUUUUAACUUUGCCUGAUUUCUUUAGCAAAGAGACUAUACACAACUCACCCAUUCUCCUCCAGCAGCCGCAUGUUUGCAGGGAGAGCACAGACGAGUUGAUCACCGACUGCAGCGGGGUUUCGCAGCUCAAGGAAGAACAUUUAUGAUGAUUACUUAAUCAUUUCUUUAAAGUAAUAAUCAUCAUAUUAUUCAUUUUGCACUGCAGACGCUGUAGUUCUUCUGUCUUAGUGUCUCGGUUUGAUUAUAUUUCCAUGAAGUAACGGUUGAGGUUGAGGGUGGUCGUUACUCAAGUCGAUAUAUCAAGAGAAGCAAGCGGUUGGCAGCAUUCAUCUCUUGAGGGGGUGUUUAACUCGGUGUUACGGUGUGUUUGACCCCAACUUAGUUUUACACAGGAAUAUCCCUUUAACUUAAGAACUAUUUGGUAAUGGCUUUCACCAGUUGGUUGGGCUUUAACUUUGACUGGCUUUCCUUAAGGAACCUUUCCAACAUUGUAUUAAUAAAAGGGUAAAGGUUAAAGGCUCGCUCAGUAGUGCAUAUGGGCGUUAAUACCACUUGUGAGCAAUAGGUGGCAGUAACACUGUGACAAAAUGUAGAUGAUAAUUCAAAGAUUCACCUCAAAUUUUUAGGCUUCCUGUUGGUUUUGUAGAAUGAAACUCAUCAACCAGAGUUAGGGCUGGACGAUAUGGCCUCAAAUCAAUAUCAUGAUAUAUUGAUCAGUUCACCUCGAUAACGAUAAAUGGACGACAACUACUCCACAGGCUGCUCACCCCCUCCCACAUUAACUUCGUCUACUUCAGCCGCUACAACUUUCUCUCCGUCCUCCAUCUCCUCACCUGUCUUUCCCUCUUUGUUACGGACUGGAUGGGGUGGAGUCACGUCUCUGAUGUAGGACAGCGUCUUAAAGGGACAUGAGACCAUAGCCUACCUACACACAUCCAAAACCAACUUUUAUUAAUUUAUUUUUUUGACACAGAGUAUAUUGACAUGGGCAAAAUGACGUUGGUUAUUGUCGUAAAUUUCGAUAUCGGUAAAUUUAUCGCCCAGCCCUAACCAGAGCUGAUGUAAAUUAGAAGUUUGGUGACUUUGGGGUCAUUUAAGACUCAAAAAUUUGGACUCUCUUGGGCAGAAGGUAAAAAGAUUUCAGUAAAUCUCUUUCACUCUCAGUGGCCCAACAAAAAGACAGCCAAAAUCACAAGUCGUGCCUUUUCUUGCUGACUUUAUUUCGGUUUGGAGGAACAGCAGAGUUGUAAAAACAAAUCUCUAAAUCCCUUGGAAAGCAUCAGAGUGUCCUGCUCUGAAUAUCAAACACCUGAAGUGACAGAAACACCUGAGAGCUGAAUUUAAAUCAGGGUUGAUGGCUUUUUUUUCCGCAGCAUGUUCAGACAGCACAUGUCAAUACGAACACUCACGCUGAUCUCAUUUAGGACAUUUAUAAGGGACCAAAACACACACCAGUGCACACGCACACACUUAUAAUUGUAACCUUGGCUUGUUGGCAUAGAAACCGCAAUCAUUCGGCGAUCAGCGCGACCCGUUUGUGAAGUCAUGGGGCGAAGCGUGUGUGAUUGGUGGGAUGAUGAAUGGUGUUGAGGGAUGAAUGGACGAGACAGAAAGAGAGAGGAAGACAUGCUCGCUCUACCUUCACUAAUCUGGACAAGGUUCAAUCAGACAGAAAAAAAACAGAUCCAGUGAAGAUGUGAUCAGACGUGAGCUCAUGACAACAUCGUUUACAGCUGAGCGGAGAUAAACAGCGUCUGAGUUCAGCACUAAAGGUGUCACAUUCGUCUGGAAAAUCACGAAAGAAAGAAAAAUUGGCCUGAUGUGAAAGGGAAGGAACAGAUUUAUGGACUCUGUUCUCUCUACAUGGUCAUUAUUGAGACACCUGUGGAUGUAUUAAGUCUCGGUGGUGUGCUUCAAUAGCACUGCGCAGCUAUUCAGACACAUAGAAGAGAUUAAAAAGGAGCAUUUUCACUUUUGUUUUUUAUAAUCCAAACCAAAUCUUCUCUUUAUUUUCUAACAUGUCUGUUUUAAAUCAGAGAAAACUCCAAGGAAAGUUGAAAAUCAAAAAUUUAAAUGUGGAUUUCAUAAAUGUGGCAUUAGUCCUUUAAAGUUAAAGCUCUAAGAUACUUCCUCCCUCACCUCUGAUUCUGUUCAGGUAUAGCUUCUUGUAUUCUAUCGGAUUUUCUCCCCCGCAGUUAGAGAUUUGUUUCAUCUCUUCAGAGCUGACGGUGAUCACGCAGCAGGGGGCGCUGUAAUAAGGUCAAAACAAGGUGACUGGUUUGAUCCUGAUUGGCUCAGAGGGGGUCUUCGCUGCGCUCUUCCUCUUUAGUUUAGUUUCAGCCUCUAAACAUACACACAGCGUCUCGUUGUAGGAGGCUGAUUGGUGCCCGGCCGCUGACUGUGGAUCAACUGGUUGCCAUGACGAUGGUGUGAUUGGUACACUGACAGGGGGUGGAGGAGGUGAUGGCAACCUAAACUGCUUUGGAGCUUAACACAAUAAGACCUGUUCAAUCAGAAUGGAAAUACAAGAUAAUAAAACUGAAAACAGUGUCUUUAUUUAUGGAAAAAUGUCACAACAGAUAAAUUUACGAACAAUCAGAAAGAAAAACGCCGAAACAAAAUCUACUCAGUUCAGCACUGGACCUCAGUCUGCUGCUUUCUGCUCCAACAGCUAUAAGAAGUUAUAUACAGUAUAAGUCAUUCACGGCUCAAGAAGAAAUAAUAGGAAAGGUAAUAGUUUGUUAUUUCAGAGUGUGAGGCCCACUGGAGAGAAAAAGAAAUGAGAUUUCAAGAAAGAAAAAAGUGAAAUGGGUUAUUUUAAAUAGCAGAGGUCAGCUUUUGAGCUUCACUUCAUAACAUGUUCCAGAGUUUUCUUUUUGGUGGAGGCGGCUGACUUCAGUUCUGAGAUAUUGCCUAAAUUUAGGUAAUUUAGAUAGAGAUAAAUCUAAGUUGGUAUUUCUCCUUGAAAUUAAACAAUUUUUCUCCUAAAUGUAUAAUUUCCCUAUCAUUGUCAUUUUUUCCCGCCUACCUUCCUGCCUAAUUGACGUCUUGUUUAAUACAUUUUUUUUUAUAAUAUUAUAAAUUUACAACUAUUUUAUGCAGUCAGAUUAGUUUUCAGUAUCGAUUUAUGUUUUUUUCCCGGUAUUUAAGGAUCUUUUUUUCUCAUAAAUUUAUGACUUUUUUAAGUUAAUAUAGAAAUUUUUAACUUUUUUUUUUAACUUUGUAAAAUUACAACCUUUACUAAAAACUUUGACUUUGUCCUGAAGACUUGAGAGUUUAAGACUUUCGACUGUUUUAUGUAUUUAUAUGACUUUUCUCAGAAAUUGGCCUUUUUACCAGAAGUCUAAGACUCUGACCUUAAAAAAUCAAUAACUAUUUUAUGUUACCAUAAGACUUCUCAUUGUACACAUUUGUUUAUGUAACUUUGAUUAUUAGGUUUUUGCAUAAUUUAUUUCUUAUUUCAAUAAAUUUUGGACUUUUUAGAUUGUUUUUAUUUGACUUUUUUUCAGAAAUGUAACUUUUUCAUGGAGAUUUCAUGACUUUUUUCCACUCCACUACAAUUUGUCCUCAGAAAUCAGACUUUUACCUGUAAAUGUAGAUUUUUUUUCACGAAUUUCCAACGUUUUUCCCACAUGUACAACUGUUUACUGCAUAACUAUUGACUUAAUAUUCAAAAUCCGAACCUUCUUCAUCUUAAGUUGUAUCACCAAGUUCAUAUCACAGUACGACACCAUAUAUUUUUUUCUGUACCACUGUAUGUUCUAUUUCUGCUCGUACAGCGAGUAAAGGUCAAGAAAAGACCACCUUGUCUCAUUUCACACUGAGCUGAUGUACUACAUGCUCACUGAUGUAUAUUGAUGCAUUUGUGUCUCUCAGUGUUCGUUCGUUCCUCCCUGCGAGAGAGAUAACCAGAAGAACAAAGACAGCGUGCUGCUGUGGGAAGAUUACUUCACCAAAGAGGUCAGCAGUCAGUCCUUCACCUGUUUCUUCAACCAGCAGAGGAGGUGAGGCUCACUCACGUUCACACACACACACACACACACACACACACACACACACACAGAGUUACCAUGUGGCUUAUUUUCAGGUAUGACUCUGAUAAAUUGAAAGCAGGAGACGUGUGAUGCUGUGAAUGUGGCCUUGGUGACACAUGAUUGUUACAGCAGAUGAUUACAGAUGGUCUUUUCACAAAACCCUUUUCAUUUCUCAAUUUGCUGCCGGUAACCUUUAACCAUCACAUACCUGACCUUUUACUUCAUAUCCUCACUUUGUUAGGCUGCAUCUCAGCAGUUCAUGUCAUGAAACAAACUUUUAAAACUGCAGAGCAUCUCAAACUGCUGCUACGAAGGACACAAAGUCGUGAUAAUCAGAUGAAGUCUUUGUCUCUGGUUACUGUUUUCCCCUGUGGACAUUACAGUGGGGCUUUGAGGGUGUUUUAAGUGCAAAGUACAGCAUUUUUUUUUUGCAUAAUUUUAAGUCAAUUUGAGGACAAAAAAAUGACUUGCACCGGGCAGGAGUGGAUCCAGACUUUUAAAACUGGGGUGGCCCAACUUGGACAUUUACUCAUGCAGGGGUGGCUGUAUGUGUAUGGAGGUGUUUCCAGAGUGCACUAAACAUGCAAAGACAGCCACAGGCAGCCCCUGAAAAAGCACCUCAAACAUUCAAUAUUGAGCCUCACCUUACACACAUCACAAAACUCCCGAAAUUUUCAGGCUGAGAUGCACAAAUAAAGUGGAUACAAACUGCUAAAAUUGUCACCCUGACUUUACUCGGACUUUUUCCCGCUUGCUUCCUGGUAGAAUUUCAGCAGGAAAUAUCUGGUGGUGAUGUUGAUAUUAUGCAGCCAGAAGAGCAACAGACAGGAUGGAUGAAAUCUGCAAGGAAACACUCCUGAAAUAUUCUGGAAUUUUUCAGAAGUGAAUGUGUGGAAGAAGUUAGAGUUCAGGUUUAAUCAGAUUGCAAGAAGGGCCAGUCCUGCUGAUCAUCUCCUUUACAGGCAUAUUGACAUAGCAUCAGAAACAUGGAUCUAGACCCUUAAUAAAAUCAGACAUUUUAAGUGUUUUUGUCCUGCAAAAAGACCUAAAAAAAUCCAGAUUUCUUGUCUAGUUAGUUCUGCAUCUGUUCUGUCCAAUUAUUGUCAUUAAAACUAGUAAAACCUUCUUAUUUCUGGUCUCUGGAGACGAAGUCAGACAGAUUUCAACUGUCUGUAGUGAUACUUUGUAGAUACAGUGAAACUCAGGUCGUGUUCACACCUACAGGUCCGUUUCCUGAUUCGAAUCCAAGGCGAGACGAUACAUUUGUUUUGAUUGUUUAACUGGUCCAGUUUGCGUUCACAAAAGACAAACUCAAUCGCUCCAGAUAACGGAACCAGAAGUCACGUGACUGCGAAUAUCGUUCGGUUAUUGGUCAUUAGUUUAUGCGGGAAUACAAACCCCGCUCUGCUGUCUUCACCCAUCAUGGAGCAUCGUAGGCUGAUUUUGCUUUUGCUACUCAUCUGGAGCGCGUAUCAAGAGACGCUAGUCGAUCGCCUAAAUCUGCAGCAUUAAUUAAUACAUUCCGGAGUAGACGUGCAGCAAACAACAGACGGAUAAAGACGAGACGGCGUCAGGCAUUAAUGAGAGCCUACCAUGAUGCGUUUUCUCUCUGGUGUCAUAUAGCCUAGUGUGUGGUGCGUUUCCUGUGACUGGUGUGGAUGACGUUCACACCAGAAAUGAACCGCUCCAGAGUUCACUUGAUAGCGGUCCGAGACCACCUCUUCACGUGGACCAGAGUUCGUUUAUUUGGUCCGCACCAGAGUUCGAGGUCAGCGUUCACACCGACCCAAACGAACUGCACCAAGGGGGUAAACGCUCCAGGGUUCGGUUCAACCGGACCAAACGAGGGUUGGUGAGAACGCGCCCUGAGACUCAGUAGAGACUUAUGGACAGGCGCUCCCCACAGCUGAAUCAGAACUCUUGAAGUUGGUGUCCUUCAGAGAAAUCCUGGCACACAUCCACAGGCACACAUCAUUGAAUGUUUAAUUAUAAGUUUACAGAGACACAGCUCAGGGUCGUUUAAAAAGAAAAUAAGCUCUCCUGUUCUUCUUUUUUCAUUCUGGUUAUGUGGCCUUGUUAAAAAGCUCAGCCUCUUUCUUCAUGCCAUGAUUGAAAAUUGAUGAGAUGGAAGAAAAGCAGCGAUCUCCUUUAGUGUGUCAGCUUAAUCCCCCUGUUAUUCACAAACGAUGCUUACCUGUGACCUUGGCUGGUUUUAUUUUUAUCUCUGCAGCUGAGGGAUCAGAACGUGGAAACUCUGCUUCACAAAUGAGAGCCCUGUGAGAGCUCGGCGAUGUUACGGAUUAGAUUUUUUAUUUUACGAGAUAAAGAUCUGGAGUACUGAGGGUUUAUAAAAAGGAAGAAAACACCAGUAAUCACAUGGAGACGCUGUAUUUUGAAGGUUAGAACACAAAACUCCAUUCAGAAAUCUAGUCUUUAGUCAAAAUAGCGCCAAACUUCGCUUUGUACUGUGGGAACUUUUCAUUCGACACAAGGGCAGCUUUUGUCAAACUAUAAGAAGUUCAAUUUAAUAUGAUUUCUGUCAGGUUAACAUCUUUACAAGCAUUUUAAAAGUCCAGUUUCAGUCAAACUAAAUCCAUAAUUUCAUUUUUUGGACACAUGUAAACAGACAUAUAGACUGCCUGCUUUUUUCUAAACUCAGGGGUCUUUGCUGAUGCUCUCCCCACCUCAGGCUUCAUACUUUGGUAUCCCACACAUGCUCAUGGAAGGGCAGGGAGUUCUCACUCUUCCUUUUUGUGAUUUCAGACCAGACGACGUGCUGUGGCGUCGUUCCCAUGACACUAGCGUCCUGCUGCACUGCGUCCUCUGGCCCAUGGUGUCCCUCCUUCUGGGCACGCUCAUCGUCCUCCUGACGGUUUGUGCGCGCUCUCUGGCCGUUCGAGCAGAGGCUCUCCAGAAGCGGAAAUGCUCCUACGAGGUUUGUCAGGAUCUGUCUUUGCCCUCAGAGCAUCUGGACGCCAAGGCUGACGACCUCUUGGCAACAAACUCUGACCCCGAGCCCGAGAUGUCGUCGCCGACACGGACCCUGCCGCUGUUCGCGGUGCCGAUACGACGCCGGGAUCGGGAACAUUAAGACAAAACAAAAAUGGGUCUUUCAGGUGAUGAAAUGUAAUCCUUUAGGGAGCUGGAGAGCGGGUAGGUGGAGUUUAGUUCCUCUCAGAGGACGCCACCAGCAACCUGCUGCUGUCUAAAGUGUUUUUUAUGAGCAGAGACCAGAACAAGACGAGGGAAAUCCAACCUGUUGCCUGCAGAGAAACAUUUCCUCUGAUUUAACUCAACAAACUGGAUUAAAGGCGACUGCGGAUGAUGGAUCUCCUCAUUAUGUUCGGCUGGACUCGGUAUGAAGGGUCAUUACUCUGACAGCAGUGCUGUGAUGGAUGUUACAAAGAAUUAUAUGUCAGGAAACUUAAGGACUGACUUCUCAAACUGUAGCUCCUCUAUCAAUGUAGUUUUCUUUCCCUUUGAGUCCCAGUAGCCAUAACUGUAAAUGAACAAAGAGCCAAAGUGCAGAAAUCUCUUCAGGCAGUUUCUUCAGCGUCUGGUUUACAGUGCUAUCACUCAGUGAAGGAAAGACAGUUUUUAGGGUCGGGGUCACAUAUCCCGUUCUAAAUGGGUGUUUUUUCAAUUUAACAGAACAAUUUGAAGCGUGGGUAAGUUUUCAAAAGCUGAACAAAAAGUCGUUUAUUUAUUUAUAUCACAAAAAAGUUUGAUUUUGUGUUUUGUUUUUCCUGAGUGAACUAAUGCAUCUACUUUAUAUCCUCCAGUUCUUACCUCUAAAGUCAUCAUCUUCCAGUCUGAAAAUAUUAUCUUUACUAUCUACUUUCACUUAACACUUCCUAACCUAAGAUGUCUCUGUUUUUUCAAAUCCCUUUUAAUCCCAUCACAACAAAUCACUGCAAACUGAAAGCUUCAAAAUCUUUCACAAGCGUACUUUCAGUCCAGGAGUGUUUGUUAAUGACUUUUUGGGGUUGUUAUUUUAUUUCAUUAUUUAAACAGAAUUGAAAUUUAAUGUAUCCCAAGAUAAAGUCAAGAUUCAACUUUAGUAACAGUAUGAAGAAAAGCUAUUUGAUUUAAUUCACUGAUAAAAAAACGACUUAGUUGUCAUUUAGGAAAGCUUGAAAAACAACAUCUCAAACUAGCUUCUGUUGAGGAUCUGCAGCCUCUCAGUUUCUAACCUCAUCCUCCGUGCAGUGAUCAGCGUGGGCGGGAUGCUAAGAUAAUGAGACGCUGCAUAAACUAACUGCCCAAAUGGUGUCCUCUGCAGAUGGAUGUAGAGGCGGAAAAACACCAAAACAAACUUGGCAAGCACUCCAGGAGGUGUACACGGCCGCACAAAAAGUUUACAUUGUUGACUCAGCGAGAUGUAAAUCACUCAGUUUCCAAAACAAGGAGCAUGGAGAGAAGAAGUGAGAUAGUAAAAAAUAGUGUUUGAUUGGAGUUUAAUAUAUAUGAUCAAUAAUUGAACCUGGUUAAUCAUUUAUUGAUGUAUUCAAAUACAGCAGAGCAGAGUCAUCAGAGGCCCAUUAGCGGCUCCUGUUGCUUCUGAGAGUCCAAACCGCCUCCUGCUUAAUGAUGAGGAGCUCUUUGAACCGCUGAGGUGUUUGCAGACAGCAGGAGUUAAUGACUGAGGUUUGAGUGCAAAGAUUCUCCUCUAUUAAUAUUCAGACUUUACACAGUUUGGAUUCAGUCUUCUGAUAGAACAUCUUAAAAAGGAAAUUUGCCAAUUUUAACAACCACAACAUCGAUUUUUAUGAUGUUUUAGAAGGUUUUGCUCAGUCGAAAAACAACAAAUCUUACCGACAGUAGACUGGAUUGUGAAAGAAGUCAGAAACAGCCAAUUUGGGGGUAAAAUCACAGACACAGAGCACUUAAUCUGAUUGUAAAUUGGAAGAAUCUGUCACUUUGACGGAUUUGCACAUAAGAAAAAAAGUGUUUACCAGUUUCUGGAGUCAGGAUAUGAUGUUUACAGAAAAACCAGGAUAUUAGAGUCCCUGUGAAAUGCUAAGCCAACUGCGUUCCAUAGAUUUUUGAUAAAGGGAUAUUUCAGUGUUUUUGAAAGCUGCAAAUUCUAUACAAACAAAUAGACUCUCCGAUGGCAGAGUGAAGUGCUGAAAAAUUUCCCAGCGUGUAAAUGUUGUCUGUUUUUACGCCUUUCGAAACCUCAAGCAGACUUGUUGAGUCAGGGAGAGCUCAAAAAAAGUCUAAUUGUUACUUGGACAAUUAUUGACGAAUUGUGUUGGAGGAUUUCUCCUGACCUGUGGGUGUUAAAUAGUCGAGCUGUUGCUCAGUAAACACAGGGGAGAAACACACGAAAGCUCAGAGAUAAAAACAACACAUGGCCGAUGCUCAGAGGCUUUUCAAACGUCGCCUACGGCUGAAAUGAGGACAAAAUCUAGACCAUAUGAAUAAAGCAGGAUCUGCUUUUGACCUCAUUUAUACUCAGACACUUCAAAUCUCCAGUGCUGGUAUGAAAAUCUCCUUUUCUACUGAGUUCACAGUGGAGGAAGUCUGACAUUUAAAGAUCAUCCUGCAGUAUUUUCCAGUUUUGGUGACACUGUAUAAUCAGGAUUUAAAUAGACAGAAGUGAGUGGGAAAAUUUGGCCAAUAAUCCGGUUUCAGUUUCUCGUUUCUGUCCGUUAAUUUGUCUUUCUCUUCCUUGAUAUUUCCUCUCAGGCUGACUUAAAAAGACGGGAUGUAGUUCUGGAAACAUUAACUUUCAGACUAAAUAACUUUUCUUCCAUGAAACCGAGUUAACAAUAUCACCAAACAUGAUUCAUCUUUGAAUCUGAAUAUCUUUUCUCCAAAAUUCUUACCACCGUCAUUCCAACUGUCUAAAAAUUACCUACACGUUGCUUAGAAACAGCCACAGGGCCGAGCGAUGUCGCUGCCAAACGAAAAAGCUAAAACAGCCAAACUGGAAUCUGCGGCUGCUCCUCUUCUCUCUGUGAUCGACUGUUGGUGUAAAUACAUCUUUUCCUCCUCAGGUUCAGCUUUGGAAAUGUUUUAAUCACCAUGUUUUGUGGUAAACAUGAAUGUCACUGUACGCUGCUGUAGCACAUUUUUUUAAAGCAGCUCCUCACUGAAAAAAAAAAAUGUAAGCUCUGUUUUUUUUAGGUUUUUGAUUUGUGUUGGUGAUUUUGGUCAAAUUUGAUCUGAAUGUAAAGAAUUUUUGAUUGUUUGCCCCAAAACGUGCAAGAAUAGCAUUACGAGAAGCAUCGAUUUAGUCUGUAGUUUCUCCGAAAAGAUUUUCUGCACUUGGAAAAACGUGUCAAACAAUUGAUGGAGACAAACCUUAUAUGGCCUGUAAAAGGAGCAAAAACCAUGUCAUGAAACUAUCUUAUCCUCAUGCGACAAGUUUUUUUUUUUUUUUGGUGGACAAGAAAACUAUCUGAGGCACAUGAAAAACAAAUUUGCACAAGAAGACAAAUCUGGUGCAAAACAAAGUUGCACAUGCAAAACGUUUGGGCACCUAUGCAAAAUAUCUGGAGCUCUUAAAAAAGCUCCUGUGCAACAAAAACAAUCUAGAGUGAACUAAGGCUGCGUUCACACUGCAGGUUAUGAUGUUUGUGUGGUCAUUCACUUUACAACAACGAAUGUGGCGUCUAAUGUGAACGGAAUAUGUCCGUGAAGUGACCGGCAUGCGCACAAAUUGCUUUCCGCGCCUGUUUGUGUUGUCGAACAAUGGUGACGUUUGUCGCAUGUUGAUGACGUAAAGGUCGGAUAAACGCGACCUGAGCGUCCACACUGCAGUCACAUCGGAUACGUAUCCGAUUUAUAUCCACAUACAAAAGAGCCCUGGAUCGGAUUUGAGAAAAUCAGAAUUGCACUGUUCACACUUAGAUGAAAAAAUCAGAUAUGUGUCACAUUUGUUUAAAAAAUCGGAAUUGACCUGCAGUGUGAACAUAGCCUAAAAACCUGGCACGUGAAAACUAAAAGACAAGUACGAAGAAUAAUCUGGCGCACAUUAAUUCUGCGGAAGUCAGAUGUCGGAGCUGAAAAUGACGUCACACCGUAGUUACCAGCGUUUAAGUUACCAAGUCGGAAAAAAGCAAAAUCUGACAAAAAAGAUGUCUACGUCAAUGAAAGUUAUUUUAGCACUUGCCUUGUCCUUGUUAUAUUUGGAGCGCUAAAAUAACAUUUCCACCCCUGAUUUUGCUUUUUUCCAACUCAAACUAAACUAAAACUAGCAGUAUGAUGCACUUUAAAAAAUUGUGGGCAACCAUGGAAGCUUUCUUGAGCGCAACAAAACCAAUCUGGUGCAAACGGAACUUGAAAAAUAAUGUGGCACAAACAGUUUUCACUGUCACCCAUUAAAUUCAUCUUACACUCACCUGAACUCUUCUAGCACUCGUUAAACCAAUUACACACCAACUCUUAAAAAUUUCUUAUCUGCUGCUGAUAGUUACUGCGUGUUAUCCUAAAAGUUGCCUCGCAGACACCCACACACUCUGAAAAUGUUGACCAGAGGCAAUUAAUGACCUGUAAGUCACCCAAACUUUUCGCUCACCUCAUUUUUGAUCCUCUGUAUUUUCUCCUCAUUAAGAUAGAAAGAAGCCAAUUGACCCUUAUUGAACUAUCGUGUCCCAAAGCUCAAUUAGCCACAAACAUUUUGAGGAACUUUACUACAAGUUGUGCAAUUAGCAGCGCCAGGAAACCUGUGCCGACCAGACAAGAGUGCAGACUCGACUUUUGACCCCAUGAAUGUAGAGAAACGAGACGGGAUUAAUGAUGUAGCGUCAUGAUGUAGCUUUAACUUUUCCACAUCCUUUCUGACUGUUAGGUUCUCCUUCGUUAUAUCACUAUUUAUUCUUCUCUUUAACCACUUUUUUUUGCAACUCAAUGACACAAAAACAGGACGAGAAGUUUGUUGUUUCAGAUGAAGUUUGAGCUGGUAAAAACGCCCAAAUCCACCUUGUUUUACAUUGUUUUCUGGAUUUAUUCUGGAUCAUUUGUACUUUCCAAAGACACUGUAGCCCCACAGUAGCAUUUUUGUGUGUUUUUAUGAGACUUCAUGAGCUGUUGUCGUCUUUCUGUCUGAGAUUAACAAUGUUAGAUUUUCUAUCUGAAGCCAUAAGCUAAGCUGUGAACUGCAGUAGCAAUGAAACCUGUAUUUCAAUCCGUCACCACAAAAACCUGAGGUGUUUGAUUAUCUUUUCACUGCUGUGGUUUUAAAUAUUUAAUGAGAUUUUAUUUCCCUCUGGGUUAAUCCACUCUGUAACAAGCAGGUAAAUAUAUCCGUUAGUCUUCUUUGUAUCAUUAUUUGAUUAUUGUUGAUGUUAAAACGAGUCUAUCUUUGUACUCUGCGCUGUGUCGUCUGCAGAUAAUUUGUCGUCAUCAUCUCUGAACCUCAGCUGUGUGUCAUGUGACCCAGGUAGCUGCUUCGCCGUGUUUUAACCAUGACAAUGAUGACUUUAGUGCCUGAUAGAGAAAUUUAAAUAAAAAGUUUUACUUCAAAAUAA